AUGGCGUUAUCACGCGGUCUUAUUAUCUUAGCGGCUCUUUUUAUGGGUGAUUUCGCUAAAUGUGGCAGGCAAGUCCAUCGUAAGCCACAUCACGGACCUGAGUCGCUGUCUAACCACGGUAACCAUCAGAAGACAUUGGUUGAAAAGAAGCCUGUUUCUGGAGAUGUUACAUCAACUAAGUUGUUGGCGGCUGUGUCUGCAACGACUCCUUCUUCUGCUGUGAAGCAACCUUCGAAGGUAGAGGCCGUGCGUCCAAUUGCCUCAGAGGACGUUUUGCGUGGGCGAGAGUAUAUCGGUUUUAUGGAAGGUGCUAGUUAUGCGCAGCUUCAGCCUAAAAAGAGUCUCAUUGGUGCAAUUAUCAUUUUCGCCUUUUACUUUCUGGGUACCAUGUUGUACAAUUACAUCCGGAAAAUAACGGAACAAGAUCGGGUGGAGCAAGCUUUACGUGAGUAUGAAGAAGAGAAGGAGCACUAUAUCGAGACAGGAGAGACUGUCGAUGUUGCUGGUUCUGGAAUAUGA